CAAAGUUUUUGUCCCUUUCACUUCUCCUCUACUCUUCUCUUUCAUAUUAGUACAAGUUAUUUUCAUUUUUCUCUUACAAAUUCAACCGUAAUCACCGCCAUUUUCAGCGGGAAAUUCACCUUCUCUCCAAAAUCCCUUUUUUUUUCUCUAUAACCCCACCCCCCACAACUUCACUUUCAUCAAUGUUUGCACGUUUGUCUCUCAUCACAUUCAACUGUAGCUCCUUUAAAUUUUGACUCUAAACUUUCAGGGUUUUUCUGGGAGCUGAAAUUUUGUUUAAUUUGAUGAGAAUUGCUGAAGUUCUUUGAUUAUUACGAAGAAAUAGCAUUUGGGGUGUCGGAAAAAUUGAAUCUUUUUGCGGGUUUAUUUGUUGAUUUUUGAUGGCUCAGUCUAAUUCUAAGCCACCUAUGAGUGGUCAUAAUUUUGGUGUUGGAGCUGCUUCUCAUGUGAGGUCUUUGUCUCAAUCGAGUAUUUUCUCGAAUAGUUGUUUGCCCCCAUUGAGUCCUUUUCCUCCUAGUGAGCCGGGGAUGGUGUCGGGUCAUUCUAGCUUGAAGGAUAUAUCCAUGGAGGAAGUAGAUGUGAAUUCUCAAGGUCUAGGAGUUGUGUCUUCGUUCACGAGGGAUGGUCUUCCUCCUCGGAUGGGGCAUCGUCGAUCUAAUAGUGAUGUUCCAUUGGGAUUCUCGGCUAUGAUUCAGUCUUCACCUCUGUUGAUGCCUAUAAGUGGUCAGAAGAUUUUAGGGAGAGCAGUGAGUCUUGGGGAUAGCAAUGGAAAGAUUGAUGAGAGGAAACCAAAGGGAGAGGUUACAGAUGAGUUGUUGUUUUCCUACAUGAAUUUGGAAAAUAUAGAGACAUUGAAUGGUUCUGGCACGGAGGAUAGAGAUAAGGACAGCAUUGUCAGUGGGACAAAGCUAAGCGGUUGUGAGAGCAGCAAUAAUGAAGCAGAAAGUGUUAUGAAAGGGAAUACUGUUAGUAUCCAACCAACAAGUUUAAGGGAAGGAACCAAGAGGAGCGCUGAUGCGAGUAUUGCUCCAGCUGCACGUCACUUUAGGAGUCUUUCCAUGGAUAGUGCUAUUGGAAAUUUUCACUAUGGCGACGAGUCACCAAACUUACCAACUUCUCUGGUGAUGCGUUCUGGUCAGCUUUCACCAAGUAAUUCAGGAAAUGAAAGUUCGAGCAAACACAAUCUUGACUUCGGAAAUGCUGAAUUUAGUGAAGCUGAGAUGAAGAAGAUUAUGGCAGAUGAAAGACUUGCUGAGAUUGCAGUUUUAGAUCCUAAGCGUGCUAAAAGGAUACUGGCUAAUCGUCUGUCUGCUGCUCGAUCCAAGGAGCGUAAAACGCGUUACAUCUCAGAAUUGGAACACAAGGUUCAAAAGCUACAGACAGAAACAACUACCUUAUCCACACAAGUUACCAUCCUGCAGAAAAAUUUUGUUGAGAUUUCAAGCCUGAACAGUGAGCUGAAAUUCCGCAUCCAAGCCAUGGAACAACAGGCUCAGCUUAGAGAUGCUCUGCAUGAGGCAUUAACUGCAGAAGUCCAACGUCUAAAACUUGCAGCUGGGGAACAUAGGGAGGAAGGACGGUUGCCUAAUAACAUGACACAACAGACGCCAGUAAAGCAUAAUAUGUUCCAGAUGCAGCGUCAACAGCCUAGUCAAAUGCAACAAUUAUCUGUUGGUAAAACAUCAGCGGCUUCAGCAACACCUGCAUCUGCCUAGUGGACGAACAUAAAGCCUUGAGGAGGUGAAGAUAAUCUCUACAUGAAGCCAAAAAGUUUAUUAUCAAUUAUCGGUCUCACAUGCUACGCACAAACACUGAGAAACUAAGCUUUCAGAUAUUAGUAUUUAUAUAAGUUUCUUAUGUGCAUCUGGCUACAAUUUUAUACCAUAUGUAGUGAAUCAUUAUUUUGUUCUUUGGAAAUAACUGUAUCAAUAAAUUGGAGUCAAACGUUGUGGUGCCAA